AUGGCCGAGCAGAUGCAAUUUGAAGCUAGCGCAGACACCUCAGUGGAAGAAGAGAACAUUGGCCCACAGCCCAUUUCACGACUGGAGCAAUGUGGCAUAAAUGCCAAUGACCUGAAGAAAUUGGAAGAAGCUGGAUACCACACAGUUGAGGCUGUUGCCUAUGCACCAAAAAAGGAACUAAUAAAUAUUAAAGGCAUUAAUGAAGCCAAAGCUGAUAAGAUCCUGGCUGAGGCUGUUAAAUUGGUCCCAAUGGGUUUCACCACUGCAACUGAAUUUCAUCAUCAGCGGUCAGAAAUGAUACAGAUCACUACUGGCUCCAAAGAGCUCGACAAACUUCUCCAAGGUGGGAUUGAGACUGGUUCCAUCACAGAGAUAUUUGGUGAAUUUCGAACUGGAAAGACACAAAUUUGUCACACCUUGGCUGUGACCUGCCAGCUCCCCAUAGACCGAGGUGGUGGUGAAGGGAAGGCCAUGUACAUUGAUACUGAGGGAACUUUCCGGCCAGAGCGAUUGCUGGCAGUGGCUGAAAGGUAUGGCCUGUCCGGCAACGACGUCCUGGAUAACGUGGCCUAUGCUCGAGGCUUCAACACUGACCACCAAACCCAGCUGCUCUACCAGGCCUCAGCCAUGAUGGUAGAGUCCAGAUAUGCAUUGCUAAUUGUGGACAGCGCCACAGCCCUCUAUAGGACCGAUUACUCCGGCCGGGGGGAGCUCUCGGCCAGACAGAUGCACCUCGCCAGGUUCCUUCGGAUGCUUCUUCGACUCGCUGAUGAGUUUGGUGUGGCUGUGGUGAUCACGAAUCAGGUGGUAGCCCAGGUAGAUGGCGCAGCCAUGUUUGCUGUAGAUCCCAAAAAACCCAUCGGGGGAAACAUCAUUGCACACGCCUCAACGACCAGGUUGUACCUAAGGAAAGGACGAGGAGAAACCAGAAUUUGCAAGAUCUAUGACUCUCCCUGCCUUCCGGAGGCUGAAGCUGUGUUUGCCAUUAAUGCUGAUGGAGUAGGUGAUGCAAAAGACUGAGGCGCUACAUUUCUUUUACUUUUCACUUAUAAAACUGGAGUGUUGCUUUAUGAAGAGGACUCUUCCUUAGAGUCCUUCACAGGCCUUUUCCUGUUGUGUUGGCCCUAGGGGAGACUUCCGGGAAAACACAUUGUAUUUGACCAUCUGGAGGGAUAAACAGGAGACUGGUCAGCAGUCAGGAACCCUGCUCUAAAAUGUUGAUUCCUUCUGGGGUUUAUUGAUAUUUAUGCAAUUUCUCUGGUCCUUGAGGGAGGUGAGGAGCAGCUCUUCCCAUGAUAAAAUGCCAUUGGGUGGGCUUAAGACUUCCAUUUCUCUGAGUAUCUUUUUUUUUUUUUUUUUUAACAUAUGGCCACCACUGGACUAAGAACUUGAAAACAUUAGGCUCUUCCACCCCCACCGGCUUUAAUGAUGAAAAUAAAAUGGCUGGGCACUAUAACAUGUGGUAUCAAAUAAUCCCCUCUUUAUCCCAAGCUUCUCACAGGGACUUGUUUCUUUGACAGUAAAAAUACCUUCAAAGUUGUUAGGCAUCUGAGGUUAGUGUUGUGGUUUCUGCAUACGAGAUUCUGCACCCUUUGAAGAGAGUCUUUCUUUUUAGGUAGAGUCUUGAGUAGGAGAUCUGGAUUUAUAAAACCAUAUGCUCGGUCCCAACACUCAGCCCUUCUGAGGUUUGGGGCAUUUCAGGAACCCUUUGAGAGGGAUUUUGAGCCCAAUAAUAAAUAAAUCCGUGUUGGAGAUCAGAUUUUUGAGGACAUCUAUGGUAGCUGAACAAUCUUGGUUGAGGCCUUCUGUUAACUAAGUAUUCUAAGUUUUCUCUACUACCUUACUGUUGAUGUUAUUUCCUGCUUUGUAAGUUCAAUUGUGGGGGAGGGGGGAUUUAUAUCUAUGGUGUAUCCUAAGAAAUAGAGAUAAUUGACUUCUUAUCAGUAGCCAUGGGGGAAUGGGAAAAGGGUAAAAUUGCUAGGAGGAAGUAGGGGAAGAAUGGGUCAUGAACACAUGGCUUCUCAGUGGGCUGAUGUGAUGGCCUCCACUUGUUCCCCAAACCACAAAGCUUGGGCCUACAUCCUUCACUUUCUUUCUAGACAAAAUAGAACGCAAUAGAGCCCAAUUUUCUAAUCCUGUUUUUUAAAAGAUUGGGAAAUGAAUGUGAUGUAAAAGCAAAAAGCAUCAAUAAAAUAGUCCCAAAGACUACUUGCCUGUGGGCCAACCUGAACUUGUAGUCAGGUGGAACAUUAGUAUUGGGGAAGCAACAAGACUUUUUCUCUUAGAUUGUAAGCUUGCCUGUUGUAGAAUUCUAUCUACCGCUAGGCCAUCUCCUUACCUACGACGUGAUUGGCCAGACACCUUCACAGAUCUUUUAGAAUUUAACUUCUGCUCCUCACUCAUGCGAGAGUCCUGAAAGGACUGUGGCCUAUGGCUAGGGAAACGAGACCAUAAAAUUCCAGGCUCUGCUUUCCUUGGUUUGGCAUUCUUGGGCCAACCCACUGGAGUGAAUGAAGUAAGUUGUGCUUAAGGAACCAGCUGAUCAACCUAGAACUUUUUGGCUUUAAUUCUUGCCCCCAAGUUUUUUUCCAGUGUUUUUGGCACCACAUACACAUCUGUGCACGCAUGUACACACAGCCCACACUACGACUAGACGGCAGACUGGCAUGCCCCCGAAGUGAGACACUGUUGAUGUGGAAUCCAGGUUUCCUCAGGAAGUGGGAAGGGACAUGGGAGGAGUGUGGGGGGGGGUGUAAAGGGAAUACUGAAGUUUUGCUCCAUGGCCAUUUUCAGUUCCUACCCUGGUUGGCCCUCUUGGAUUCCAUUUUCUUGCUGACUGUCCUCUGAAGCUGUGUCUUCCAGACCCCUUAAAAAUGUAUAAAUUGUAUAAAACAUAUUAAAAACAAGCAUAAGGUGUCUGCA